UAAGAGGAAACACAAGGUUGACCUUGAACGCUGGAAGCAGAGGAAAAUGAAGCGAAGAGGACUUUAUGUGACCCGGCUUUCAAAGGCAUUUGUGUUCAAGAGCCACAAAGCAAAGGAAAAACGCACAUCAAAGUCUCAAUCAAGAGCAUCUGAGACCAAAGACACAACCCUGGAUGAGGACACUCAGGCCAUAAUUGCAGAUGUCCCAGUCCUUUCUCAGACACAGGAGGAUGAUGGAGCAGCGGACACAAUGACCAACUGCAAGAGACUGUCAACACAGCUUUGCAACAACGUCACAAUGUCAGUUUGGAAAGCUGACUUGACUGACUUUAAAGUUGAUGCAGUUGUGAAUGCUGCCAAUUCCAAACUGGGACACCAUGGAGGACUUGCAAAGGCAUUGUGUGAUGCUGGUGGACCAGACAUCCAGGCUGAGAGCAAUAAAUACAUUUUGGAAAAGGGACAAUUACCAACAGGACAAGCUCAUGUCACAACAGCAGGGAAACUGCGGUGUAAUAGCAUAAUUCAUGUGGUGGGACCUUGUCUACAGAGGAAUCCCACACCAGAAAUGAUCAGAAUGGCAAAACCCCUUUUGAAGAAGGCUGUAGUGAAUCUACUUAAAAUCGCAGAACAGCAUAACCUGUGUUCUGUUGCCAUUCCAGCAAUAAGUUCUGGAAUUUUCAACUUUCCACUGCCGUUAUGUGCGGACGUGAUAGUAACAACAAUAAAACAGUACUGCAAACAGAAAAAGGCAAACUCUCCACCGUUUAAACUUCACCUUGUCAACAAUGACAAUAAAACAGUGAGGGAAAUGGAAAGAGCGUGUAAGAAGAUACUUUCUUGUCAUGAGGACAAGGAUAUGCCACCAACAGCCAAAGUCCACCUACAGGUGAAAUCAAACUAA